AUGAAAAAAACAAAAGAACACGCGGUUGGGAUCACGGGAUUCAUCACUCCAAAAAUAGAGGCCUUCGACCGCGACAAGACCAUCGCGCCAACCGCGACUCUGUUGCUUUAUGCGGCAGCAUUCACCGUGACUCUUGCCGUGCGUGGAUGGUUAGUGACCGCGCGCUACGGCGCCGACUGGCACGCGACCGACAAGUCCAACCGGCUGGCAGAAGCCAACGCGGCGCUGUCCACUUCCACCGCUGCGACUCCCGCUCCAGCCGCACCUCCUGCAGCGUCACAGCCUGCACCAGCCUCCGCCUCCGCCUCCGCUUCCGCACCGGACCUCCGCGCGUGGUGCCGGCAACGCUACGGCAACGACCGGCAUAGCAUUGACAAGACGGCGCGGCUGGCAGAGGCCCGCGCGCAGCCCUCGCAUCCGGCGAUGAUGGAGCCAAGCAAGCGCCUCAUCGUCGUCGACAGAUUCAGCCUCGUCGUCCUCCUCGUCCUCGCCUGCGAGGUUGUGGCCACCCCGAUCGGCGCCAGCCUCUCGCGCACAGCCCGCGGAUCUUUAUUACCGAGAGCAAUGUCUUUGCACGACUUGCAGAAUGGCGAGUAG